AUGGAAAAAGGAACUGGCCGCAUUACCCUUUCCAACGGCAGUGCAGAUUUCGGGCCCCUCCCUCCAUCCUUCAGCGCCACCGGCAAUGGUAAGGGAACUCCCAACCUCUCUGCGGGCCCCGAGGACUGUGCCGACGAAUUCUUUGACUGGCCUCGGUAUGAGAGGGACAUGGAAGACGUAGUCACACAGUCCUCACUCAUGGAUGGAGAUUCCCAGGCCAGCCCCCCGGCUUUAACCACCGGAUCCUCCGUCACCGCGUUACGUGACAAUGACAACGAUGAUGACUGCGUGAUGACUGAUGUCGCGCCUCAGGCACCAGAACUCCCCAUUGUUUGGCCAAAGGUCUCCGACGCCCAGCUGCCGCGCGAACAGGAGAUCCAUAUUUUCAUCAUGCCAUCUGGCGAGACCCAAGGCCCAUCACCACCACCCACACCAAACACCGGGCAUACCCGGGGCCGUACCGUAAAGAAGCCCGAGCAGACGAAGAAGGUGCGGGAUAAAGGGGCAUGCUUCCAUUGCAGAAUUGGUCGGGUGGCUGUCAGUAAAACCCCGUUCCGUCGCCAUCGCUGGAAUUGGGAAAGCCAAUGCUUCAGGCCGUCGCUGGAGCAGUUUAUCGAAAGCCGAGUCCCAAUCAAGCUCCUCGUCUCCUUCCCCAGCAAGCCCGGGAAGUGCGAGCUGGAAGUCGACGCCAGAGCUUUCAAAACGCAUUAUGGUGGCGGCGACCCAGUUUCUGUAGUGAUAUUGCCGAUCGAAGGGCUUUCUGAAGAAAAGAUGUACGCCUGGGCAGCGAGCCAAGUACUCACAGAGUCCGAGAAAGACUUCCAGGCUUGCGUCGAGGGGCUUCUCCAGGGCUAUGAGCGCAAUAAUACCCUAGACAAGGCUGCCGGGAACUUCCUGGAGCAUAAGAAACACAAGAUCUUGAAGAGGCUGAUGCUUAACCUGCUGCACAUGAUGCAGAUGUGGAAGAUCUGGAGCUCGGGGCCCUUCGUUAUUCGACAAGUCCUCGACAACGGGAACGGAAAACCAACCAGCAUGGGCUUCCAAUCUAUCCAGAAUCAUCUUCGCCGGCACGCUGAACAAGCCAUGUCGUCGCUCGAGCGCCACAUCCUCGGUGAUAUCGACGGGUACUUGUCUUCGACCGAAUCUGGAAAGGAGGACACUUCUCUCAGUUCCGUACUCCAGGUUGCCAUGUGGGUGUCACUAUGGCAGAUCAUCUUGAUCUACCGGGAGUCGCUGGGCUCAAUGUCGCCUCGGCAACAAACACUAGGGUCUGACGGUCAGUUCACUUCUCCGUCUCUGGUUGGGGUAGACAGCUGCUGA